AUGCCAGCCGCUUCCAAGCGCCCCGCGGCCAAUGUGGAUGACGCCACAAAACCGCAGAAGAAGCCGGCAGCGAUGCCGAGUGUCAAUGAAACCCUGCGCCAGCUCAAGAGUGCCACGGCUUCUCCUGAGGAUGACGAGAACGAAGCCACAAUGGUCUUGGCCAGGCGCGACAAAGCGAAAGGCGAAAAAUUCGCCCGGAUGCGCCAAGCUGGGCAGACCCCCCAGCAUAUACUCCACUUAUACGACGAGACCGCGAAGCAGUCCCCUUCUCCCAGAGAUUUUCGUACCAACGUCAUCAACCAGUUGUUCAAUAAGACUGACUCUGGAAUGUUCACGAUGAACACUGGGGCCAAGCUCUUCACGGAGGCGUACAAAGCAUAUCAACAGAAGUACGCCAGGGACGAGCAAGAGGCGAUGUCCCGCUCGGUCAUGCUUGGCCUCUUUUUUCAAAACAACAUCCAGGCCUUCAACAAUGCACUUGCAGAGGGUGACGUGGUUGAAUUCGAAGGCGACGAUGGCCGCAAGUACUACAAGCGCAGGAAGAUGCUUGUGGGACAGGAGCGUGGAUCUACUUUCGAGCAUGGCGGCAAAGACCAGGUCAAAACGGGCGCCAAGGAGUUUGGUGCCAUGAAGGACCUGAUGGACAUGGCCAAGGAUCCCAAGAAGAAGCUUCCAAGCAACAUCAAUGAGUUGCUUGAUGGUGCCAGCAAAGCCCUUGAGCGCUUGUCGCGUGAUGCUUUGAAGACCCUGAAGGAUGGAACCAAGCUGGCUGAUGGCGGCAAGGCCUUGCGUGGUCACUACAAUGCCUGCCAGCAAGAUUUGGCAUCCAUCAACCACGUGAAGCUCUUCAAGGAGCUGCCCAAUGACAAGCCGCUGACCAAGCAGAAUUUCGAUUCGUGCGUCUUCGAAGUCGCCAAGCGCGGCCAACAGCAAAGGAUCAAAGCUGCCCGAUCAGAGGAAGAAUCAUCCGCUGCUGGCAUCACUCAGCAAAGCGCUUUGGUCACCUUUCUUUUGACCUUGUUCACUUGGGGAGAGUUUUCGCCUCAACGCUGCCAGCACAUUGCUGCUUUGGCACUAGAAGACUUGGAGAAGCACCACACCAACAAGCACAUAUUCAGUGACCUGAAGGCCUUGGCCAGCAUUGGGAGCAAUGGCGCAUAUCCAAACAAGAUGCACCAAGAUUUGAUGCAAAGGACGAAGAACAUCAGCAAGGUACCGCAGCCCUACCUUUUCAAUGCAAAGUUCAAAAGCCCGGUGGGGGUGCAGAACCAAUCCCUGCUUUUACCUCAUGAGCUUUUCGCAACCAUUGCUGCAGAGUACCAGACCACAUGGUUCAAAAGCAUUUGCCCAGACCAAUCCAACCUUGAGACAUUUUGGGAAACCGCUGUCAACCAUCCGCUUCUUCACGACCAUCCUGUAUUGCAUCGAAAGCAUUGGCGGCGGUACGCCGUCCCCAUCGCUCUCCACGGCGAUGGGGUUCCUGUGGUUGGAAUUGGAAAGGCCUGGGCCAAACUCCUGAAUGUGUUCUCAUGGUUCAGCUUGGUGGGCACAGGGACCACACGGUCCAAGUUGUUUUACACCUACUCCUGUUGGGACAAGAUCUGUGAAGGAUCAUUUCCAGAUGGUAGCUUGGGUUCAGCCUUCCGAGUCCUCCAGUGGUCUUUCUAUUGGCUUUGGCUUGGCCAAUGGCCUGACCGAGACCACAAAGGAAAAGUGUAUCCGCAGGGUUCAGCAGAAUCCCUUCGUGCUGGGAAACCUUUAGCCCAAGGAUUCUUUGGCCUGUUGUUCGCCUUGACUGGCGAUCUCGAUUACUUCGCCAAUGUGCUCAACCUUCCACACUUUGCAAAGAAACAAGGAUGUUGCAGCGUUUGCCGUUGCGAUGAAGAAGGCGAAGUCAGCUGGACUGACUUUAACCCAAAUGCUGCCUGGACCAAUAGCCAUUGGACACGAGCAGAGUGGCUUGCUUGGCCGCAACGAAGCAAAUGCCAGCUGUUCAACUUACCCGGAGCUUUCUCGGCGUUGGUUGCGUUAGAUUUUAUGCGCUCGAAAUACCUUGGCUCAGACCAACUCAUGUAUGGGUCGGUACUGACCUUGUUGGUGUUCCACAUGUUGCCUGAGACUCCGGAGGCAAACCUGGCCCGAAUAUGGCAAGAGAUUCGAGCUUGGUACAACCGCAAUCCAGUUCCUGUGCGUUUUCGAUACUUGAACAAACUCAGCAUGUUCGUACGCCAGAGCGGCUUCCCCAAGUUACGCGGCAAAGCCGCAGAGAUACGUUACCUAGCAGGACCCAUGCUAGAAGUAUGGCGCCGCCACAUGAACGAAGGAGUGCAACUACAUCGUCGUAUCGCGUUGAUGCUCAAACUCAACUACAAGAUUGAAACUCUCCUUACAGACUUUAAAGACCACUACGCCUUCCCCGAACCAGCGGCCAGUGAAUUCAAGCAAAACGCUUUUGGCAUGUAUGCCUUGCAAAUGCAGAUUAUGAAACACUUCUUGGAUGAAGACCUUCAGCUUUUCUCUGUGACCAGCAAGAGCCACAUGGUUUUGGAGUCUGUGCUGUUGUGUGACAAGGUGAGUCCUAUAGACUUCUAUGGACAUUUGCAGGGGAAGACCAAAUGGCCAAGACCCAAUUAUUAG